UUAGAUGCCGGAGCCAUAGGACCGCCCAUUAGGGUAGGGUGAGACCGCCCACCCUCCUGGGCGGUCCCAACUCACACUCUCUCAGCACCUUGGCUGAAACUUUUCCCAUAGCUCACCUCAGCGUUUCCCUGAAAAGCUCUUGCUCUCUCUGCACUCAGGGUUUAACAAGAAAACCCUUUCUCUUUUUUCACUCAGUGCUUCCCCAAAAAAAUCUUUCUUCCCUCAGAAGUUUCUAAGAGGGGCAAGGGAAUAGAAGAUACUUCCCUGUAGAGUUAGAGGCACUUCUGGAACAAGUUAAAGAUUCUACAUCUCAGCUCCACAAGAUGGUGGAGUCCGUUGCCAGAAGUUAGCAGGCAAAAAGCAGGUUCACAGCCCUGGACUUCAAGAGAGCAGACUUCAGGCUGUUCAAGGACCCGCUUGGAAAAAUCUCAUGGGAUACAGCCCUGGGGGGAAGAGUGGUCCAGGAGAACUGGUAUUCAAGAGCAGCACAUGGAGAGGUUCAGAAGUGCUCGUUGCUCUCCGUCUGGCAGAUUUGGUUUAGGAGCCGUUGUCUUCAUCGCAGCGCUUUUCGGUCCCUGCCGAAGGCUUUGCCCUGGCCUGGGAGCGACGGAUAACGCUGGGGCAGCAGAUCCGGCGUCGCUCCCAGCUCCGCGUGCCCCUCGCGUCUGGCAAGCUGCUGCCGCUGCUCUUCUUCUUGCAUCUGCCUCGGCCGCGCCAGCUCCCGCUCUGUUUUAUAAAUAAACAUGCCUCGGCUACCAGGCUCCUUGACACAAAAGCGGUCUGAAGCGCUGCCGGCCGCCUCCGGGAUUUCUCCUGCCUUCCUGCCCCCCGGCUCGGGACCCAGCGGGAGAGGGUGAAGUUGCUCCAGCCCCUCUAUCCCCUUCCUCCUGCCUCUUCUCCCAGCGAAGCUCAUCACUGGGACCGACGGAUCUUGGGGAAGAUGCCGGGGCUGAUCAACCGGACGACCCGCUGCCCGCUGCCGCUCGCUGCCUCCGAGGUGACGUCGUGCGUCAGUGGCUACGCGCUUGGGCUCACGGCCUCGCUCACCUACGCCAAUCCAGAGGCCCAGCCUUUCGAAGGUCUCUUCGUCUAUCCCUUGGACGAGUGCACCACGGUCGUCGGCUUCGAAGCGGCCGUGGCCCGGCGUGCCGUGACGGUGCAGAUCAAGGCCAAGACCAAGAUAGACGACUGCUGCUUCGACUGCUGCAGCCUCCCCGAUGGAAGAGCUCACGGCGGGGGUGGGAGGAUCCUGCUGGAUGAGGACUUGGAGAGGAUCGUUUUCGUGGCAAACCUGGGCACGAUUCCUCCCUUGCAAAGCGUGUCCAUCUUCAUCAGCACCUCCUCUGAGCUGCAGACGCUGCCCAGUGGGGCCGUGAGGGUCCUUCUGCCGGCCGUGUGCGUCCCCAGGGUCCCCCAGAGCGGCCUGGAGAGCGUCAGCAGCCUUUCUGGGCACCAGCUCCCAACCGACAGGCACUGCUGUGGAUCGGGGAGCCCGGAGCACGGGAGCAGGUUCUGCUUGGCUCGGCUGCUGGAGAGCGAGGCCACCAACCCCUCCGAGUACGAGUUCAGCUUCCAGCUGGAGAUCCGGGGGCCGUGCUUGCUGGCAGGCGUCGAGAGCCCCACGCACGAGCUCCGCGCGGACGCCGACCCCUCCGCUCGCUCCGCCAAGAGCAUCGUGAUCACGCUGGCCGACAAGCACACCUUCGACAGGCCCGUGGAGAUCCUCAUCCACCCGAGCGAGCCCUAUAAGCCCCAUAUUUUAAUGGAAGAUGGUGACAUGACACCUGCGGAGUACGAACAACACCUGAAGGGGAAGAACGACUUCAUUAAAGGCACCAAGAAGGACCCCAGCGCUGAGAAAAAGACCGAAAUCAUCCGGAAGCGUCUGAACAAGGAUCUCCCCCACCACCCCGUCGUCAUGCUGAACUUCUGCCCCGACCUGAGGACGGUCCAGCCCGACCUCGGCAAAGCCCACGGGGAGUUCGUCUUCCUCGUGGACCGCAGCGGAAGCAUGAGCGCCGUCGACAUCAGCCGCGUCAAGGAUGCCCUGCUGGUGGUUCUCAAGAGCCUGAGGCCGGCGUGUCUCUUCAACGUCGUUGGGUUCGGAUCGACCUUCAAGGCGCUGUUCCCCGCCAGCCAGACCUACUGCGAGGAGAGCCUGGCCAUCGCCUGCGAGAGCGUCAAGAGGAUCCGGGCCGACAUGGGCGCCGCCAACGUCUUCUCGCCCUUGAAGUGGGUCGUUCGGCAGCCGAUCCACAGGGGCCACCCCAGGCUGCUCUUCCUGCUGACCCGCGGGGCCGCCGGCGAUACGGGCAAGGUCCUCGAGCUGCUGCGAAACCACGCGUGCUCCACCAGGUGCUACAGCUUCGGCAUCGGGCGGGAGCCCUGCAGGAGGCUGGUUCGCGGGCUGGCCGCCGUGUCCAAGGGCAGCGCCGAGUUCCCGGCGGAGGGGGAGAGGCUGCAGCCCAAGAUGAUCAAGUCGCUGAAGAAGGCGAUGGCGCCGGCGCUGAGCGACGUGUCCGUGGAGUGGGUCUUUCCCGAAAGCACCGAGGUCCUGGUUUCCCCCGUCAGCGCCCGCUGCCUCUUCCCGGGCGACCGUCUGGUGGGCUACGGCGUCGUCUGCGACACCUCCCCGUACAGCCCCAACCCCAGAGCCGACAAGAGGCGACGUUACAGCGCGAUGCGAUCCCAGGAGUCGGGCAGCUCCGUCUUCUUCCACUCCCAGGAAGAGGGAGCGGGUGCGGAGAGCUGGAGCUACUCCCAGGACUCGGAGGGCUGCUGCGUCUCCGAGCGGGGCGGCCCCGACCACCUGCCCGUGGGCAGAGAGCCCGGCGGAGACUCCGACACUGACACCGGAGCGGACGCCAAGGCCUCUUCCCGGCGCCGGGCAUACAGUGCCAACCAAAUCGCCGACCGCGAGCCGUUCAGAAAGGCGCCCACGGCUAGCGACCCGGGCAGCAGCGUCCCGGCGAGGAUCCCCCUUCGGAAAACCCACCUGCAGGACCUGCAGCGGGUCAGCCCGGAGCCAUGGCAGGCGGAUGCCCAGCACCCCGCGUCCUCCUGCCGCGAUGCCGACUGCCCGCCGGCGCGAGACGGGCUGCAGCACCCGGCUCCGGGAAGCGGCCUGGGGCCGCUCGACGCUGGCACUGGCUUGCGGUCGUCGUCAGAGAGCCGAAGCCCCGGGGACCCGGAGCCCGCCCAGCAUCCGUCCUUCGCCUUCGAGACAGAGACCUCCUCCGACUGGGAGCCUCCGGACAGUGACCUUGGCUCAGCCCGCGGCUCCCUGCGCUGCCCUGGGGCCUCCUGCAAGGCGGUGGUGAAGGGGCUGCGGAGCGACGAGCCCGUGCAGUGGGAGGUCGCUUUCGACAUCCGCCCGCUCUUCCGCGGGAGCCGCGAGGACGGUGACGCGGAUCUGUGGAGCGAGACCUUCCACCACCUGGCAGCCAAGGCCGUCAUCCGGGACUUCGAGCAGCUCGCGGAGAAGGAGGGCGAAAUCGAGCACGGGUCCGGGCGGCGGUACCAGCUCAACGCCGUGCACACCAGCAAGGCCUGCAACGUCAUCAGCAAGUACACGGCGUUCGUGCCGGUGGACCUGAGCGCCGGCACCUACCUGCCCACUGUCGUCGAGUACCCCGGCACGGCGUCCAAGCAAGGCGGCCAGAGGAGCCUGGGCGCGGGAAGCAGAAGGCAUCGCGGCGUUCCCGUGGGACGUCCCCACUCGUCCUGCGGCCAGAACGGAGAUGACGGAUUUUAUGGCACAGGCGCGGACGAGACCAGCCUGUCGCCCUGCAGCACCCCUUCCUCCUCUAGCUGGAAGCGCUGCGGCGUCCCGGAAGCGCCGCUGCAGAGCCCGUCUGCUUCGUCUGUGCAUUCCCAGAAAACCCUGGAGAGCAUCUUCACCGCAAGGCUGAUGCUCAACCGAACCAGGCUGCUGACUCGAGCCGCCAGAGGCUUCAUGAGCAAAUCUCCGAGCAGAGCGAGCGAAGCCGGCUCGGAGAGCGACAACGAGAGCGUGGACUACCUUCCCCUGGUGUCCCUGCAGCUGGCCUGCGGUGCCUUCCUCAUGAACCCGGCCUUCUGCCAAGCGGUCAACAUCCCCAUGGAGAAGCUCAAGUGGACGUCUCCCUUCGCCUGCCACCGCCUGGCGCUCAGCCCCUCCAGUGCCAAGAAGGCCAGCGCCUCCGGAGACCGCGGGAGCCUCGCCUACGGCCGGCAGCUCCCGGUUCCCGACGGCGCCCGUGGGCAGGGUCCCUCCGCCGGAGAUCCCGCUCCGGGCUCGGCGCCCAACGGACCCGGCGGCCGCCCGUGCCACUUGUCGGGCAGCGCCGCGGAAAGCGUCUCCGAAGCCGAGCGCGAGCUCUGGCCGCCGGCUAUCGCCAUCCGCCGCUUCUCCGACCCGGAGAGCGCCGUGGCCCGCAGCGGCUCCGAGGCGGAGGCCUCCGCCGUCCAGGCGCUGCUCUCCGACGUGGAGCUGCGGCGGCAGACGGAGCCGGAGGGGAUGCUGUGGGCCACGGCCGUGGCCCUGGCCUGGCUGGAGAACAGCUCCGCUUCCUACUUCAUCGAGUGGGAGCUGGUGGCCGCCAAGGCCAGCCUGUGGCUGGGCGCGCAGGACUUCCCCGACGGCUGCAGCCUGGCGACGGUGAAGGCGGCGGCCCAGCAGCUCUUCGUCUUGCUGCGGCACUGGGACGAAAACCUGGAGUUCAACCUGCUCUGCUACAACCCCAGCAGCGUGUGAGGACGGGGAAGGGACCGGGGACCCUUCCUGCAGGAGAGGUGCCGGAGGAGCUCCAUCCUGCAGGAGAGGUGAUGGAGGAGCUCCAUCCUGCAGGAGAUGUGAUUGAGGAGCUCCAUCCUGCAGGAGAGAUGAUGGAGGAGCUCCAUCCCACAGGAGAAGUGCCGGAGGAGCUCCAUCCUGCAGGAGAGGUGCCAGAGGAGCUCCAUCCCGCAGGAGAGGUGCCGGAGGAGCUCCAUCCCGCAGGAGAGGUGGUGGAGGAGCUCCAUCCCACAGGAGAGGUGCCGGAGGAGCUCCAUCCUGCAGGAGAGGUGCCGGAGGAGCUCCAUCCUGCAGGAGAGGUGAUGGAGGAGCUCCAUCCUUCUGCUGCAGCUAGUGGUUGUUAAAAUAAGCCUCCAGGAGAAAGCAGGAUCAAAGGAGCUGGUCACCAGCCCUGUUCCCAGACCGGGACUCCCCGGCUCACCCCGGAUCCCCGUGGAGCCCCCGCCGUGGUCCCCGCCGGCUCCAUGCGCCGGGGGCCACUGGGGCCACAUCUGCUGCGUUGCUAUCAUCCAACGCUGUUCCCAACAGGAAAUACAGCAUCCAGCUUUAAUCAUUAUCCUUAACCUUUAAUUUUCGUAUGGAUGGAGGCCCCGAUUUUGCAUUUUCUCCUCCAAACCUGCCCGGGGGG